CCUUGCGGCGGCGUCGCUCGCGGGGCAGCACCUCCCUGUCGGCUUGCGGACGAGCGAGCGAGCAGAAGGCAGAGCCGGUGAGGCCGAACGGGCGAGCCUCCUGCCUCCUCCCGGGCCGAGCCGGAUGCGGAGGGCGCCCGGGGCCGCGGGCCGCUGAGCAGGCCGCGCCGGGCAGCCCGCGGCGGCGCCCCGGUCCCCGCCGGCCCGGGCCGACCCGCCUCCCGCCGCUGCCCGGAGGCCGCGCGCUCGGUUUUCGUCCCCGGCAGGUGCCGACCUCCAAGCCGCCCCUUGGGAAUCGGCCCGCAGCGCGCCAGCUUCAGGCCUGUGAGUCUGGGGAGCGGAGUCCGUCCCGGAGAGGCGAGGGCCGCGCGGUGACUGAAUGGCCUCCAGGUGUUCACGUCUGUUGGAGGCUUUGAGCACAAAACUCAAAACAUGAACAACGAUAUGUAUAACCAAUGUUCAAAACUGAUUUGGCUAGAACUGGAAUACAGUUGCCUACCAGAAAUUCCAGAGGAAUUAGAAAAGUCAAAGUAAUGGAUAAUAAAAAGGAACCUCCAUUCUUCAAUGAGGAUAACGUGGGACCAUUUUACUGCAAAUUUCCUUUCUGCGAUACCAUGGAGCUCUUCAUUGAAACUUUGACUGGAACAUGUUUUGAGCUGAGAGUUUCACCCUUUGAAUCCGUCAUUUCUGUGAAAGCAAAAAUUCAGCGAUUAGAAGGUAUUCCUGUCUGCCAGCAGCACUUAAUUUGGAAUAACGUGGAGCUUGAAGAUGAUUAUUGCUUGAAUAUCUACAGCAUUUCAGAAGGUUGUACCUUGAAGCUGGUAUUGACUAUGCGUGGUGGACCCAUAAAUACUAGAAGAGUUCCUAUGGAAGAUCCGCUUAGGGAGAUGGCUGAGUACAUGGAUUCCAGUCGAGAUGAGGUCUGGGAGAAGACCUCCUGCAACAAACAAGUUACAUUUUUGGUAUACCGAGAAGGAGACCAAUUGAAUUUCUUUCGAGUAGUAGAUAGGGGAGAUGGCACUUUAACACCAUUAUCUGAAUCUUUAAGUGGUGGUUCUGUGUAUAAUCUGUAUAUGGAUGAGGAUGAAGAAAUUGAGCCUUCUCCUUCUGGGCAACAGAUAAUUGAAAAUUCAAUAACAAUGAAUAAGAUGAAGCUGCUGAAGGCUAAAAUGGAGAACAUGAAUCUCAGCAAAAAGCCUAAGAAAGCUAUCAGGGUAAAACCUCAUCCACCUGUAGCUCAUCGACCCUCUAGUGGCUCCACGGCAGCAGCUCGCCACAGAUUGUUAAGAGUUCUCCCCCACAUCGGGCAGUCUUGCUUACCUUCUCCUGGUAAUACAUAUCUACCUGAGACUUCCACAAAUGCACUUGCAAGUUUGGCAACUCUGACCCCUGCUGAUAGACCCUUAUCAUCCAUCACUAGUGACUUCCUUAAGGAUGAUGAUAACUGGGAGAGUAACACACUGUCUCAUUCCAAUAGUAGCAUCAAACGACCACCACAGAUACCCCAUCUGGAGUUUGGAUAUGAUAAAGAGCUUACUGAUUCUGUUCUCCAUCUUGGACCAUCUCUGCCCAGGCAGACAGAACACUUUUCAGGAAACUUGCCAUCUAAUAAUGAGGAUGAGACUGCCUUAUUUCCAACUACAGAACAGUGUGUAACUGAAGAAUCCCUUCUACCAGAAGUGAGUUCAUUUGCCUCGUUAACAGAAGGAAGCACUGAUGAACAGAGCAGUGGCUUAGAGGGCAUGCGGAAGGUAAUUCCAGAGUUCUUCCUCACUAAUAGUGGCAGAGGGUUGAAAGCUACAGAGCACCAUCUUCAACAUGUGGCCAGGUUGUUAAGUGGUGAAUCAGUAGAGACUACUGUGCUUAACCACCGUGAAUUAAGUCCUCACAAGAAUAGGCUUUUGUCUCCUCUUCGCUGUUCUGCACCACUUUUGCUACAGAAUUCGCUUGUAAAACCACAGCGACAGUCCAAAUGUUCAGAGUCUGGGGCCCUCCAAUCUUCUUCACAAAAUGUGCUCCGGUCAUUAGAUGUUCGAAAUGUAACCGAUCCUUCCUUAUCUAGAACGACUCGCUUUCGAGGUGUUAAAGUUGAUUCACCUGGGAAAAGAUCUGAUAUUAUUUCUAAAGUUGAGGCUCGGGAUAUCACAGAAAUGGCUAACAAGGCUUCCAAAGAGCCUGUUGGCUGUGUAAAUAAUAUAGGUUUUUUUGCUUCGCUGGCCCGGAGUGCAAGCAGAGACAGUUUACAGAGCACAUGUGGGGCAGGCAGGCUUCGGACCUCUGGAAUUGGGCUGUCUACAAACCUCCAGCAUUUUCAGGAAGAAAGCCUUAGGAAAACCUCUCCCCAGUUAGAGCCUCCAGAGAUUUUUCUUUCCGCCCGUGGUAUUGGAAUGAAUGGAAAUAAUGCAGCAGCAGGGAAAAGAGUAGGAGAAUGCACUCAUCACCUCCCACCUGUGAAAGUCCCUAACCAAACAAAGAAGAAAACAGCAAAGCAUUGUUUUCUUUGUGGAAAGAAAACAGGACUGGCUACUAGCUACGAAUGCAGAUGUGGAAACAACUUCUGUGCCUCUCAUCGCUAUGCAGAAACUCACGGCUGCACCUAUGAUUACAAGAGUGCAGGGAGGAGAUACUUGCAGGAGGCAAAUCCUGUUGUUAAUGCACCAAAACUUCCAAAAAUCUAACUCUUGCUCUGCACAUAACUGUUCUGCCCCGAGGAAUCGUAUUAUAAUGACAGAAGAAAUAUUGUUUAGACUGCAUUAUUUUUGUUCGACUUCAAAAGAUUUGCCAAAUAACAAAAGCAUGCAGUGCAUACUGUUGGAGAAUGAGAAUACCACUGUAGUUGACAUCUUUAUUCUUUGGUGAAUCAGAAAUUUUAAAAGUAGUUUUAAAAAUUUCACACCAUAAUGACUUAACUUUGUUAUUGCACAUCCUGUGUUAAGUGUUUUGUAUUUGAUCUUUCAAGUUCACUAGGCAAGUCUUCAAAAGAUGCACUUUAGGAAGUUGGCACUGACUGUAACCAGGCUUCCACAUGCACAGUCAGGUAAUGGCUUUAAAUCUACUAUGUGGGUGCUUUUUUUGUUUGUUUGGUUUUGGGUUUUUUUGGUGGUGGCGGGGUGGGUGUAUUUAAAAAAAAAUCCCAUGUGCGAAAGUUUAUUGAAUUUACUAGGAUGUUCCUUUUUAUUUCAAGCUACUUUUUAUAAAAAGAACAUUUGGUUUUCCAGUGUGAUUUUUAACACAUAUCUAUUUUUUUCUAGAUUCAGAUUGACAUUCAGAUAUGUGUAUCCAUUCUAUAAACAUAUCAUGUUAAUCAUAGUAUAUAUUUCUUAAAAUACUACUUUUUGAUUGGUAGUUUAAAAAUAGACAAUAUCCUACUUUUUGCCAUUAAAUACAGGAAACCAACUUAUUUUUGCCUUUAAAAAAUGGCUACAUUUAAAACAAAAUUUCACAGCUUGCUUUGUUUCUAUUAAUAUAUU